UUUACGAAUUCCGCGUCAUGUAAGGGGCGUGCACACUGCACACACGGAAUUGCAUAUUUUCUCAGAUGCAUCGUUGCAUGCAUACGGCGCGUGCGCUUAUAUUCGGACGUAUGAUGAAGGGUCAGAUGUCACUGUCAGAUUAUUGUGUGCGAAAAGCAAAGUCUCACCCCUGAAAUCAUUGACGAUUCCAAAACUUGAACUGUCAGGCGCGCUCGUUGCUGCUAAGCUUUAUAAGAAAAUAACAGAUUCCUUAAGGUUAGUGUUCACUAAAGUUUACUUCUGGAGUGACUCAACUAUAGUGAUUUCGUGGUUAGGUAUGUCUCCGCAUCUACUGAAGCCUUUUGUUCAAAACCGUGUUACACAAAUAAACGAUUUAACCGGUAAUGCGACAUGGUUCCAUGUGAGAAGCGAAGAAAAUCCUAGUGAUUUAUUGUCUAGAGGCGUUUCUUUAGAUAACUUAAUUGAUUGCAAUUUAUGGUGGAACGGUCCCACAUUUUUGCAUGACUCAAAUUCGAAUUUUAUUAAUGACAAUAUAAGUCAAAAUACGACUAUCGCAGAUUUGCCCGAGUUACGAUCGACCGCGGUGAGUUUAGUUUGCACUCAGCAAAAUGAAUUAUUUAAUUUCGACAAAUGUUCAUCUUACUUAAAAUUAAUUCGGAUCGGUGCAUAUGUACUCCGCUUUAUAUUAAACUCACGCACUAACUCUGAGCGUAAACAACUCCGCCAAACCGGUCCGCUAUCAGUGGACGAGUUGGAGGCAUCACGGCGUAUGCUAGUUAGAUUCGCACAGAUGCAAUCAUUUCCGGACGUGUAUGAUUGUUUACUUAAAAAUAAACCGCUUAAGACGAGUAGUAAACAAUAUAAUCGUAUCUCCGGUCUUAACGUGUUUUUAGACGAUCGUUAUAAGUUACAAGUGAUUAGAGUCGGUGGUAGAUUGUGUAAUUCAACAAGUUUCGAUUACAACAAAAAACAUCCCGUGUUAUUGUGCAGUAAACAUAGGUUGACGGUGUUGUUAUUCAAAUAUGAACACAAGCGGCUGCUGCAUGGCGGACCGCAGCUACUCUUAUCUACUUUGCGUGAAUGUUGGUGGCCGUUAGGUGCGCGAAAUUUGGCAAGGAAAAUCGUUCGAGAAUGCGUUACCUGUAUUCGAAUGAAAGAUCCUACUGACCUAAACCCACUCACACCUGCUCAUUUCCUAAUUGGUCGGCCGCUGACCUCCCCUGCCAGCGAGGACCUGACGGACGAGGAGCCAUCCCGCCUAUCUCGCUACGCCAGGAUCGAAGCCCUCCGUCAACACUUCUGGCGUCGAUGGGCCAAGGAGUACGUUGCGGAACUCCAGCGACGAACCAAGUGGAAGACGAAGAAGGACGACAUAGCCUUAAACAGCCUCGUCCUAAUCAAAGACGAUAACCUGCCUCCUCUCAAAUGGCGGUUAGGCCGAGUCACGCGUCUAUAUCCCGGAGGCGACAGCGUGAACCGUGUCGCCGACAUACUCACGGCGACAGGGACGAUACGUCGCAGCUUUUCAAAGAUCUGCCCGCUGCUAUCCGAGCCGGCAGACCCCAACGAAUGAAGACCUUUUUGGGAGCUGGUGCUCCCAAGGCCGGGGGCAUGUUCACGCAUCACGUAGCGACAUCUAGCGGCGCUACGACUGCAACUCCCGCGCAGCCCCUCUCCGCGCUCAUCCUGUGGCGUCCAUUCGCAUCUCUAUACGGCACGAUUAACACCUUACUCGUUGCAUUUAAUAUUUAAGCUUAUAUCGAGCCAUUUUACGUAAUAAACGUAUAUUUAAAAUUAUAAAA